AUGAGCGUCAACGCCGAGAAGCAGCAAGAAGAGGGCCUGGCUACGCCUCAGUCGCCAGAAGCGCCUACCCCUACCAGCAGCAACGAGCCCAGCAAGCCAAUCCGUCCUCCGCUGAACGAGAGGCGCACCGUCUCAAAGACAGGCGCACAGCUGAUACAUUGGGAUGACGAUGAUCCCGAACAUCCUUUCAAUUGGUCACUAGGCCGGAAAUGGUUUGCGCUCGGAGUAGCUCUUCUCUUCAACAGCUCUACAGCCAUGAACGCCACCGGCUACACCACAGCUCAGCAAGUCGGCGCAGCAGAGUUCAACACCAGCGAAACGGUCUGGUUGACGGGCACAACGGCGUAUCUCGUGCCUGUAGCUCUCACACCACUGGUACUGGCGCCCUUAUCGGAGAUCCACGGUCGACGUCCGCUCUACCUGAUUGCACUCUUUCUGUACACGAUGAUGUUCAUUCCGCAAGCUUUGGCUCCGAACAUUGGCGCCAUUUUGGGCUCGAGGAUAGUGCAAGGAUGCGCCGGGUCGGUGGGCAACACCAUGUGCGCGGGUAGCGUCGCGGACCUCUUCCCAAAAUCUCAGCGGGCCAUACCUAUGGGCUUCUUUGUGCUGAUUGUAUUCAUGAGUCAGGGCAUCGGCUCCACCGCAUCCGGCUGGACUGUGCAGACCAUCGGCUGGAGAUGGAUCUUCUGGUGGCAGGGUGCUGUGGCUUUGGGCUCUUUGGCGAUCAUGCUGGCAUUCAUGGAAGAGACCAGAGAAGGUGUGCUACUCUCGAAGCGAGCUCAGCGCAUAAGCAAAGAGCAGGGCAUCAAGCACAUGACGGAAGAUGAGGAGGAGAGAAAGUCCUUCAUCCUGAUGGCGUCGCGAAAUCUUGGACGACCGAUUCUUUUCUUUGUUACCGAGCCAAUCGUUGCUUUCCUAGCUCUCUGGAUCGGAUUCUUGUGGGGCGUCGUUUUUCUUUCGCUCGAGGGCGUGUCGGACACCUUUAUGGUGUAUGGCUGGGACGCUGCUUUGAUCAAUACCGUUCUGUUGGCCAUUCCCGUGGGCGGGCUGAUCGGCUUCUUGACAAACCUGCACCAGGCCAAGCUUUACGAUAGGGCAGCAGAGAGGGCAGGUGGCAAGGCACCGGCAGAAGCCAGAUUGUAUUGGUCCAUGCCAGGUGCCGUCUUCACCGUAGGCGGUCUGUUUUGGUACGGUUGGGGAGGGCAGGCAGACGUGCAUCCGGCAGUGCCCAUCCUUGGCUUGGUGCUGUUCUCCUGGGGCACCUACAUCAUCUACCUCGCGACGCUCAACUACAUUUCGGACAGCUACGAAACAUAUGCAAGCAGUGGCAUAGCUUGCCAAGCUCUGCUAAGGAACAUCUUUGGAGGCACUUUUGGACUCUUUGCCCACGGCAUGUACAGGAACCUCUCGCCGCCUAUCGCUUCCACCGUACUAGCCUGCAUAUCCGCCUUCCUAGGCAUCGCGCCUUUUGUCCUCUUCUUUUUUGGACCGCAUCUCCGUGCGCGCAGUCGCAUCCACAAACGCCUCAUGCGGGAAGAAGAUGAGCGCAGAGAAAAAUCCCACGGCUAG